AUGAUGCACUACCGCCUCAUUGUGCUCCUCUUACCAGUCAUGUGUGCACUGGCCGCCAUCCGCUGCUUCUCCGGACAAGAGACGUUCCCUGGGCAAGGAAUACCCUACAUACCAGGAAACACAAACUCUCCUUAUUCAGUGAAUUGCCCGAUGGCUGACUUUUGCUUCAACAGCUAUGUGAAGAGACAUCUCAACGGAGACGAAAGCUAUACGAUCACAAAAAGUUGUGGUGAACCGGGAAGAUGUUUUGAGGAAGGAUGCGUAGGUCCAAGUGAUGAGCGGAACUGCUGUUGCGUAGGGGAUUUGUGCAACUUGACUGGUAGCGCUACGAUUGGACUCGUCCUAUUAUUACUGACCACUUUCCGAAUUUUUUAA